AUGGCUGGUGAGAGCACGGGUGGUGCUGGAUGCGACCCAUCUACUCGUGAGAGCACUGUAGUGAAGAAAGGGCAAUUUCUCAUUGACCGGGGCCAGUGGGCCAAUAAGGUGGAGUUUUUACUCGCGGUUGCAGGGACCUUGGUGGGGCUUGGAAAUCUAUGGCGGUUUCCCUACCUGUGUUACAAAAAUGGAGGAGGUGCAUUCCUGGUCCCAUAUGUGCUCUUCCUGCUCACCUGUGGGAUCCCCAUGUUCCUCCUGGAGACAGCCAUGGGACAGUACACUGCUCAAGGUUGCAUUACCUGCUGGAGGUACUUCUGUCCCCUCUUUGAAGGGAUUGGCUAUGCCACUCAGGUAGUCAUCGCCUAUGCAGCUGUGUCCUACAUCAUUAUCCAGGCCUGGGCCUUCUUCUACCUUUUCUACUCCUUCCGCUCAGAGGUGCCUUGGGCCAGCUGUAGAAACACCUGGAACACAGCUGCUUGUGUGGAGUUUGAUAAGAGAAACAUAUCUUCUAACUGGACGGUACCAGAAAACGCUACAUCACCUGCUACUGAAUUCUGGGAGAAGCGGGUGCUGAAAAUCUCUGGAGGGAUCGACCAGGUGGGCGAUAUUCGUUGGGAACUCGCCCUUUGCCUGCUGCUGGCUUGGGUGCUGUGCUACUUCUGCGUAUGGAAGGGUGUGCGGUCAACUGGCAAGGUGGUGUACUUCACAGCCACCUUCCCCUACGUGACGCUGCUGGUGCUGCUGGUCCGAGGCCUUACCCUUCCCGGGGCCGCACAGGGCCUGCAGUUCUACCUGUACCCAGACCCCACCCGGCUGGCAGACCCUCAGGUGUGGAUGGAUGCAGGGGCCCAGGUGCUCUUCUCCUUUGGUAUCUGUCAGGGCAGCCUGACUGCUCUGGGUAGCUACAACCAGUACAACAAUAACUGCUACAAUGGAUCCAGUUUUGUAGCUGGAUUUGCCAUCUUCUCUGUGCUGGGCUUCAUGUCAUAUGAGCAGGGACUGCCCAUAUCUGAAGUUGCUGCAUCAGGUCCUGGCUUAGCCUUCAUCGCAUACCCUCGGGCUGUAGCCAUGAUGCCCCUGCCCCAGCUGUGGGCCGUCUGCUUCUUCAUCAUGGUCAUCUUACUGGGUGCCGACACACAGUUUGUGAGUCUGGAGUGCCUGAUGACCUCUGUGACGGACAUGUUCCCGAGCGUCUUCCGCAGGGGCUACCGGCGGGAGCUUCUGCUGCUGGGCCUCUGUGCGGUCUGCUUCCUGCUCGGCCUCGUCAUGAUCACAGAGGGAGGCUUGUACGUCCUCCAGUUGUUUGACCACUACGUCUGCAGUGGAAACAAUCUCCUUCUGCUCUCCAUUUGCCAGUCCAUAGCUGUCGGCUGGAUUUAUGGUGCUGACCGUCUCUAUGACAACAUCGAGGACAUGAUUGGUUACCGUCCCUGGCCUCAUAUGAAGUACUGCUGGCUCUAUGUGACCCCAGCAGUCUGUACGGGAACCUUCAUUUUCUCCAUAGUGAAGUACAAACCUCUGAAGUUUAAUAAGACCUACCUGUACCCAGACUGGGCCUACGUCCUUGGCUGGUUCCUGGGCCUCUUCUCCGUGCUGCUGGUGCCCUUGUGGAUCGUCUAUAAAAUUACUCAGUCCAAGGCUACCGUGUGGCAGUGCCUUAAACAGCUGUGUCGCCCUAAUAAUGACCUGACCUUCAACCAGAAGCAGACUGCUGAGCGGUGCCCCCUGAACCCUGACUCCACCCAUAUUCCUUCCUCACGUUUUUAG